AAGAGUGAGGCUUCUACACUGGGUGGUGGUGGCGCACGCCUUUGUUUUUUUUGUUUUGUUUUUCGAGACAGGGUUUCUCUGUGGCUUUGGAGCCUGUCCUGGCACUAGCUCUGUAGACCAGGCUGGUCUCAAACUCACAGAGAUCCACCUGCCUCUGCCUCCCGAGUGCUGGGAUUAAGGGCGUGCGCCACCAUCGCCCUACAGGAGCUAGUUCCAGGACAGGCUCCAAAACUACAGAGAAACCCUGUCUCGAAAAACCAAGAAGAUUCUUAAAUAAACAAACAAACAAAUAAAUAAAUAAGAAAAAACAAGAAGAAAAAAGAGUGAAGCUUUUGACCAGAGAGGGAGGUGGUUCCUGCUUUAUUUUGAAGAUAAAUUAUGUGAAAGCCUUUCCAGGAAUUUAAACUGCCUCUCUGUCCAUCCACCAGAUCCUGAUUCCUUCCCUGUGAUACCCAUGAGCUACCAGCAGAGGUUGCUGUGGUUCUGUGUGGGAACAGCCACUCAGGCACGCCCUAUCCAGCCUUUUCUGUCAUAAUUUUCCUUUCUACAUAAUACUUGAACUUGUUUGAGGGGACCCCUGGGGAUGGUUAAAUGACUCAAAGUGUUUGCAGGAGUCUCAUGUCCCUCAGAAGUAAAAUGCCCUCCCCUUUUCUAGUAAGACAACUUUGUAGAGGUUUAAGGCCCCCAGCAAGAAAGGGACAUCUAUUUGUUCUGUCCCAGAGUUUAGUGUCGCUAGCUAACAAGUAGCUUUUGCCUGCUUUGUGGGAUUAUUAAGCACUUGUGUGUAUGGUUGCAUUUUAUAUAUAUGUUUUUUUGGUUGUGUCUAUAACAGUCCUAGCGUUCCUGGAACUCAAGGACAGGCUAACCUCAAACUCAGACAUCCACCUUCCGCUGAUUGCUGGGGUUAAAAGUGUGUGCCACCAUGCCUGGCUGUAUUUUUUUUUUAAUCUCUUUUUUGUUUGUUUGUUUUUGUUUUUUGAGACAGUGCUUCUCUGUAGCUUUGGAGCCUGUCCUGGAACUAGCUCUUGUAGACCAGGCUAGUCAGUCUCAAACUCACAGAGAUCCACCUGCCUCUGCCUCCCAAGUGCUGGGAUAAAAGAUGUAUUCCACCACUGCCCAAUUCGUCAUUUUUAAAGGCAGGUUGUCACUGAGGUUGGCCAGUAACUCACUAUGUAGUUCACCUGGCAUUGAACUAACAAUCCUCCAGAGUGUUGAGACUGUGGACAUAAGUGACCCUGUCCCACUGUGCAUUUAUAGGCAAGAAACUCGAGAUGAGCAGCUUUAAGACUACCACAGCUUGGAUGGGUUCAUUGUACCAGUAUGAACAGGAAGCCCAGAACCUCAACCAGUAUUUUCUCACUAACUGGAUAGAUAAUAAGGCCUGAGACUCCCAAUUCAGAUACUGCAUUAGGUCCCAGGUAGAGCUAAGAACUUACUGCUGAGCUGGGCAGUAGUUCCAGGAACUAUUGCUUGGGGCAUGAUUCUAGUAAUGAUGUUUUAUUAGUUCUCCUGUGUGACACGGAAAGGAUUAUGCAUCAAAAUUGCCUUCUCAGAACUGUUUAAGGUCACAAGGAAUUUGCAUAUCAUUAUCCCAAUGCCUUCUCAUCUGCUCUACUAAUGGAAGGUUACAGACUAUUAGCAGUUGGAGUUUAGGAAAGGAACAUUUUGAGCCAAACCUCAGGACAGAAAAUUGAAACAGAAUUAACAUAAAACAUGAUCAGAAAUUUCCUGUCCAGCCCACGGGGUGGAGUUUUGUCCAUAAGCUGUAAUGUCAGAAGCAGAAAAGAGCUGCCGUUGGAGUGACUGCAUCUCCGCGAACAACCAUGGCUCUCAAGGUGCUGCUGGGGUGUCUGGUGCUCGCUCUCCUUACCGUCUUUGCUCUGACCUAUGUCUUGCUGACCAGGCAAGGCAGUUCCAGCCAGUCUCCUCGAUGCCCCUCCAUUCCUCCCAGAAUUCAUCCCUGGACACACCAUGGCCAGGGUCAGCUCUUUGCAGACCUGAGCCCCGAGGAGCUAACAACUGUGAUGAGCUUUCUGACCAAGCACCUGGGGCCAGGGCUGGUGGACGCAGCCCAGGCUCGGCCCUCAGACAACUGCGUCUUCUCGGUGGAGCUGCAGCUGCCUGCCAAGGCUGCAGCCCUGGCCCACCUGGACGGAGGGGGCCCGCCGCCUGCCCGAGAGGCGCUGGCCAUCAUCUUCUUUGGUGCACAACCCCAGCCCAACGUGACUGAGCUGGUGGUGGGGCCCCUGCCUCACCCGUCCUACAUGCGGGAUGUGACCGUGGAGCGUCAUGGUGGGCCUGUGCCCUAUUACCGGCGCCCCAAGCUGAGAGUGGAGUACGUUCAGAUUUGGAGGUAUUUGAAAGAAGUGGAGCUCCCAAAGGCACCCACUUUUCUGGCUUCUGUCUUGAACUACAAUGGCUCUACCUUGGCACCUCUGCAUUCUUCUGCUAGUGGCUUCCAAUCAGGGGACCGGACUACCUGGAUAGCCCUCUACCAUAACAUCUCAGGUCUUGGAAUAUUCCUUCACCCUGUGGGGUUGGAGCUACUGCUGGAGCACAGAGCCCUGGACCCUGCCCACUGGGUGGUCCGGCAGGUCUUCUACCUUGGGCACUACUAUGCAGACUUGGCCCAGUUGGAAUGGGAAUUUAAGGCUGGCCGCCUAGAAGUGGUUCGGGUUCCUCUGCCCACACCAAAUGAGGCUUCCUCCCUGAGGUCUCGAGUUACUCUGGAACCCCCACUUCCCCCUCUUCAGUUCUCACCCCAGAGUCCCCAGUACAAUGUGCAGGGAAACUUAGUGGUGUCCCCCCUCUGGAUGUUUACAUUUGGUCAUGGUGUGUUCACUGGCUUAAGACUUUUUGAUGUUCGGUUUAAGGGUGAGCGUGUGGCUUAUGAAGUCAGUGUCCAGGAGUGCCUGACUGUUUACGGUGCUGAUUCCCCCAAGACGAUGAUGCUCCGUUACUUGGACAGCAGCUUUGGGCUUGGCCAAAACAGCCGAGCCUUGGUUCGGGGGGUGGACUGCCCUUACCAGGCCACAAUGAUUGACAUCCAUGUAUUAGUAAGCACAGGGGCAGUCCGGCUGCUCCCAGGGGCUGUGUGUGUAUUUGAGGAGGCCCAAGGAUUACCCCUUCGAAGGCACCACAACUACAUAGGGGGUCAUUUCUACGGUGGUUUGGCCAGCUCAGGCCUUGUGGUCAGGUCGGUGUCAUCAGUGGGCAACUACGAUUACAUUUGGGACUUUAUACUGUAUCCAAAUGGGGCGCUCGAAGGGCGUGUCCAUGCCACAGGCUAUAUCAACACAGUCUUCCUGAAUGGAGGGGCUGAGAGCCUCCUCUUCGGGAACCGCGUGGGAGAGCGAGUGCUGGGAGCAGUGCACACACACGCUUUCCACUUCAAGCUGGACCUGGACGUGGCAGGCUUGAAAAACUGGGUGGUAGCUGAAGAUUCGGUGUUUGAGCCUGUAGCAGCCCCCUGGAGCCCGGAGCAUCAGCUACAGCGCCUACAGCUGACCAGGCAGGUCCUGAGCAGGGAGGACCAGGCUGCAUUUCCCCUGGGGAGCUCCCUUCCUCGAUACCUUUACCUGGCUACCAACCAGACCAAUGCCUGGGGCCACCAGCGUGGGUACCGAAUCCAGAUCCACAGCCCUCGUGGUAUCCAUGUACCUCUGGAGAGUGACAUUGAAAGGGCUCUCAGCUGGGGAAGAUACCAGCUUGUGGUGACGCAGAGGAAGGAGGAGGAAUACCAAAGCAGCAGCAUCUAUUACCAGAAUGACCUGCGGACCCCGACCAUGGCCUUUGCUGACUUCAUCAACAAUGAAACCCUCUUAGGAGAGGAUCUGGUGGCUUGGGUGACAGCCAGUUUCCUGCACAUCCCCCAUGCUGAGGACAUCCCCAACACAGUGACUGUGGGGAACAGUGUGGGCUUCUUGCUCCGACCCUACAAUUUCUUCGAUGAGGAUCCCUCUAUCUUCUCCCCUGGCAACAUCUACUUUGAGAGGGACGAGGAUGCGGGGCUGUGCAGUGUCAACCCUGUGGCCUGCACCCCACAGCGGGCAGCCUGUAUACCCAACUUGCCCUCCUUUUCCUAUGAAGGCUUAUAGAGGCCUGAGGCUGUGGUAAGACCCCAGGGGGCCAGGGAGUGAGCCGCAAGCACCUCUAUUCUAUCUCCUGUGGUUUUAUCACCUGCCCCAUCCCCACCCCAGGUCUCCACCCUCUGCUCCUUAGAAAACAGCCUCUGGCCACACUAAAUCCCUGGGCCUCCUCUUCUGGGUUGAUUCUUGCCUCCUGCCUGUGUUUUUUUUUUUUUUUUUUUUUUUUUUUUUUCUAUUUGAGACAGGGUCUUUCUAUGUAGCCCCGGCUGUCCUGGAACUUGCCAUGUAGACCAGGCUGACUUCAACUUGCAGAGAUCUGUCUGCCUUUGCCUCUGAACUGCUGGGAUUAAAGACAUGCACCACUACUCCUGGCUUCUGCUAGCUAUUUAAAUGAUAAUUUGUUUAAAAGUGUUUUUGGAAUACUCAAACAAAAUACCACAAAUUCUACCAUUUCAAAACUCGCUGGGGUUCACAUUACACCAGGCCUUAUCUUACACGUGUGUAUCUCAAAGGAACGGUUGUGUGUAACUGAUAAUAAAAUGGUUUGCAAAACUU